AUGGAUGGCACAAAAGUUGUUUCCGGUGGGGCAGACAAAACCGUUCGCUUGUUCGAUCUGGCUACGCAACAGACGCAGACAAUCGGGCAGCACGAGGAGCCAGUUCGUACCGUUCGCGCUGUGCAGUGUGGCCCGCAAAAUACUCCCUGUAUAGUGUCGGGCUCGUGGGACAAGACUGUGAAGUACUGGGAUAUGCGGCAGCCUACACCAAUGUGCACAUUAACAAUGCCUGAGCGCGUAUACGCCAUGGACGCAUCACAAAAGCUGCUUGUUGUGGCAACGGCGGGACUGCACGUUGAAAUAAUCAAUUUGAAUAACCCAAACCAAAUAUUCCGCAGCACGCUUUCACCACUUAAAUUUCAGACUCGUUCGAUUGCAUGCUAUCCAAAGGGAGAUGGAUAUGCGGUAGGCUCGAUAGAAGGGCGAUGCGGUAUUCAGUACGUGGACGCGAUGCAGCAGAAAGAUUAUGGAUUUUCUUUUAAGUGUCAACGAGAGCAAAAGGCUAACCCGAAGGAGGCCCUUAUCUAUGCAGUCAACAGUAUAGUCUUCCACCCAGUUUACGGGACAUUUGCCACCGCGGGUGCAGACGGAACUUUCAGCUUCUGGGACAAAGAUUCUCGCCACCGGUUAAAAGGAUACCCGUCUUUUGGAGCCACGAUCCCCGCUGUGAACUUCAACCGGACGGGCGCGAUUUAUGCGUACGCGUUGAGUUAUGACUGGUCUAAAGGAUAUCAAUAUAACACACCUAACUAUACGAACGUCGUGAGGUUGCACAUAUGUCGCGACGAAGAAGUGAAGCCACGGGGGAAGAGAAAGACGUAG